UUCCACAGAUGUCAGCGAUAGACCCCGACUGUGGCGUCAACGCUAUCGUCAACUACACUCUAGCGGACAGUUUUGCCCGUCCUCAAUUUACUGUCAAGCCGGAUUCUGGAGAGCUGUGCGUUUCAUCUCCAUUGGACCACGAAACCAACAACGAAUUCGAAUUCCCCGUCAUCGCUACAGAUAGAGGGGGCCUGUCCACGACUGCCAUGGUGAAGAUCCAACUGCUUGAUAUAAACGACAAUGUUCCUGCCUUCACUGUUAAGGACUACAAGGUUUCUUUGAAAGAGGGUCGGAUAUCGUCGACCGAGCCCAUAGUGUCGGUGUCGGCGACCGAUGCUGAUUCCGGUAGAUUCGGCACGGUGACCUACAGGAUCGUCAAUGGAAAUGAUAAUGACAUAUUCAGAAUCGAUAGAAGCACCGGUGAAAUACUGGUCACGAAGCCGUCGCUUGUACAAGCUAACUCGAAGUUUGACCUAGAAAUAUCAGCGACUGAUGGGGGAGGUCUGACAGCACCACAAGGAGCUACUGUACACGUCAACGUGAUGUCCGCUGGUGUUAGUUCGGCGUUGUUCGACAAGCCGAGAUACAAUUUUAGAAUAAGGGAAGAUGUGCGGAUCGGGACGGUUGUAGGCAGCCUCAAAGCUACAGCCAAUAAUAGAGACACGCAGUCAGUACGGUACAGCAUCACCUCUGGCGACGCGGACCGCAGUUUCUCCAUCGACCCCGUGAGUGGAGUCAUCAAGACCGUCGCCCAGUUGGAUAGGGAGACCACCGCAACAUACCUCCUGAGCGUGGCAGCUACCAAUGAGCGGUCGAACCAUGACCAAACCCAGGUUCAGAUAACCAUCGAAGAUGUAAACGACAAUGCUCCCGAGUUUGGCACAUCAUCAGUAAGAGUUUCCGUGGCUGAGUCAGCCAGCAUAGGAUCAGUGGUUUACGCUGCGAAGGCUACUGAUGCGGACGAGGGCAAAAAUGGACAAGUUACAUACCUCCUGGUUUCUGCCACUGGACCACCAAACACUUUUGCUGUGAACAAUCAACAUGGAUUAGUUACAUUAUUGAGACCUUUGGAUUACGAAAACCUGGUGCGUCAUACUCUAGUCAUAUCUGCAAAGGACGGUGGUUUUCCAACGCUUAGUGGCAAUUUGACCCUGGUGGUGGACGUCCAAGAUGUCAACGAUAAUCCACCGAUGUUUGAACAUGACGCUUACAGUGCAAAUGUGAUAGAAUCCGAAGCUGUGAACACUAAGAUAUUGGAAAUCCAGGCCGUUGAUAAAGAUACGGGGAACAAUGCACGUAUAACCUACCGCAUAAUAUCUGAUGGCAACGAAAGCGCAGAAUUUUUCAAGGUCCAACCUUCCACGGGAUGGGUCUAUCUUGCUAAACCACUAGAUAGAGAAACAACGGCUCGCCACAGAAUGACAAUAACAGCGUCUGAUAAUGGUCUACCACCAUUGUCGGCCUCGGCGACACUUGUGAUUAACGUCCUCGAUGCAAAUGACAACGAUCCAGAAUUCUCCAAGUCCGCAUACGAGUUUCAUGUGGAAGAAAACGGGAAAACUGGCGCUCUCGUUGGAAAAAUAUCCGCCACAGAUGCUGAUCUUAACGAGAAUGCAGUGGUUAGAUACAGUUUGUUUCCGUCCAAUACAAGUUUCAACAUAAACCCAGUAACUGGUAUAAUAACGACCAAAGAAGUUUUGGACCGCGAGUUCAAAUCAUCAUACAGCCUAUUCGCAGAAGCUAAAGACCAGGGCAGCCUUUCAAGAUCAAGCCGCGUCCCAAUCACGAUACAAGUUACUGAUGUCAACGAUAACUCGCCAGAAAUAAUAGACCCGAGGGAAGAUGUAGUCAGUGUUAGAGAAGAACAACAGCCAGGCGCUGAGGUAGCCAGAGUGAAAGCUAUUGACCGCGAUAACGGAAUAAAUGCAUCAGUUACAUAUUCCAUUUUGAGUGAAAGGGACAUGGAUGGUUAUGGAGUUUUUGUCAUCGAUUCAAUUACUGGUGUAAUAAAAACAAGCACUGUUCUUGACCACGAAGAGCGAUCAAUCUAUCGAUUGACAGUUGCAGCAACAGAUGGAGGCAAACCGCCAAGACAGACUGUUAGACAGCUAAAAGUAGAGGUUCUGGAUUUAAACGAUAAUAGACCAACGUUUACUAGUUCUAGUCUAUCCUUUAAAGUCAAAGAAGACGCUAAGAUUGGUCAUGUAGUUGGAACAGUUUCUUGUUGUGACAGUGAUAUUCAGGAAAAUUUAGUUAAUGGAGAUGAAGAAAAACAGAUUUCAUAUUUACUGAUGGCAUUAACAAACGAUCACGUACCAGGAACUUUUGAAAUAGAUAGACGCACGGGCUCUUUAGUUGUUGCGAGGCAAUUAGACAGAGAAGUUCAAGAUGAAUAUAGAUUAGAAGUGAGGGCGUUAGAUUCAUCGGCCACCAAUAAUCCGCAAAGCAGUGCCGUUACUGUUAAGAUUGAAAUUAUAGACGUUAAUGAUAAUGCUCCACAAUGGCCUGAAGAUCCUAUCAAUUUAGAAAUUUCUGAAAUCACUCCCAUUGGGAUGAUUAUAUACAACUUCACCGCUAAAGACGCUGAUCUAGGUGUGAAUGGAGAUUUAAAUUUUCAUAUCGUAUCUUCCCUGCCACCGACAAAAACGGUUUUCAAUCUUGACCCGUUGACAGGUUCACUGACUUUAACAUCUCCUCUUGAUUAUGAAACUCUUAAAGAAUAUUGGCUUGUAAUAGAAGCUACUGACCAAGCACUAAACACCUCUGAAAGAAUGGCAACAUCAGCCACUGUACAUUUAUCAGUUAUUGAUGAAAACGAUAAUAUUCCUACUUUUGUAUCGGCUACAAGGGCCACUGUAUCUUUAAGCACUUUAUCGGGAACUUUGUAUCAAGCAUUAGCUGUAGAUGCAGAUUCUAGAGAUAAUGGUAGAAUAUCAUACUACAUAUCUGGUGGCAAUGAGCAUGCAUAUUUCUCAAUGGAUUACGACGUUGGUAAACUGACAUUGUCAAAGAAAUAUUCUACAGACAUUGCUCGAGUGCGACCCGGACUAUACAAAUUGAAUCUAACUGCUUCAGAUCAUGGAGUACCUUUUCCUAGGCAAAGCCACAUGACGUUAUUGUUGAAUUUGCAAGAAUCAACCAACAUUCCACCACGAUUUACUGAUACUUUCUAUCGUGCUAAUAUCAGUGAAGACAUUCGUCCAGGCAGCUUUGUGACCAGGCUAACUGCCAAAUCUUCAAGAGGAAAUACAGGUAACCUAACUUAUUUGAUACCACCUGGUGUAGCAGACGACAAAUUCACUAUAGACCCGCGCUUAGGAACAAUCACAGUCAAAAUUAAAAUUGAUAGAGAAGAAAAAGACUAUUAUAUUUUUCCUGUUUACGUUACUGACUCCAGUACAUUUCAAUCAACAACGAACUUUGAUGUUGCAACUGUCUCUAUCAGUGUAAUGGAUGUUAAUGAUAAUCCACCUAGUUUCAAAAGUGGCUCAUGCUAUCCGUUGUCAGUUCCUGAAAACAACGAUCAAGAAGUAGUUCAUACUGUUGCUGCGAUGGACAAAGAUAUUGGGGCAAAUGGAAUAAUUACAUACAGUAUCACAUCUGGAAAUAACGGCAAUAAAUUUUCUAUUGACUCUACAUCGGGAAAACUCACCGCCAAAACGUUGGACCGUGAAACUCAGUCAAGAUAUCAUUUGACUAUUACUGCCUUCGAUCAUGGUUCUCCUGUAGCUUUGCAAGGCUCGUGUAAUAUAACCGUGGUAGUUGAAGAUCAAAACGAUAAUGAUCCCGUGUUCGAUACCGGACAUUAUUCUGCCGCCAUACCUGAAGAUGCGCCUUUUGACACCUCUGUCAUAAAAGUAAGAGCUACUGAUGCUGAUUUGGGAUUCAAUAAACGUAUCGUUUAUUCAUUAGCUAACGAAAGCCAGGGAUUGUUCCGAAUUGACAAUAAGACUGGUAUUGUUUUUACCACUGGAUAUUUUGAUAGAGAAAAAAUAAACGUAUAUCACUUUGAAGCAGUCGCCACUGAUGAGGGGCGGUAUAUUGCUCGAUCGCAAAGGGUCUCUGUAGAAGUUACUAUCAAAGAUGUGAACGACAAUAAACCAAUCUUUACAAAGUAUCCAUUUAGGGAACAAAUUGCCACACUUACUCCACCAGGGCAAAGUUUACUGCGGGUUUCAGCCACGGAUAAUGACAUAGGGACUAAUGCUGAAAUCAUAUAUGAAUUAUUAGAUUCAUCUAAUCACAAAUUCCGUAUCAACCCAACGACAGGUGUUUUAACUGCAACUCAAAGCUUGGCCAGUGAAAACGGUAAACUAAUUCAUUUGAAAGUUGUCGCCAAAGAUAAAGGACAUCCUUUACAGAGUUCCGUUGGCCUUAUUGAAAUUCGAGUCGGUGAUUUUUCUGAUCAUACUCCUACACUGAAUUUUCAAAACGCCACAUACAACAUUACCAUUGAAGAAAAUAUGCCGUUUGGCAGUAAUGUAUUACAAGUUACGGCUGUCAGAAGUGAUGGGCGUCGCCAGAGAAUUAUUUAUGAAAUUGGCAAUGGAAACGAUCAGUAUGCGUUCGAGAUAGACUCUAACACAGGCGUUAUAAGAGUGAACAAUUCGGCAAAUUUGGAUUAUGAAUCUUAUCCGGGACCGCGGAGGCAACUCGUUGUGGUCGCCCGAACUGACGGCCCGUCGGUCUUAUACGGUUAUUGCGAAGUAACAAUAAAUCUGUUGGACCAAAACGACCAUGCUCCCAGAUUUACGCAACAGCAAUAUAUGGCGAACGUUCUCGAGGGGAAUACAAAGGGCGAGUUUGUUGUGCAACUGGCUGCGAAGGAUGGUGAUCGGGGAGUAAACGCGAGAAUCCUUUACCACAUAGUAGACGGGAACCACGACAAUGCAUUUAUUAUAGAACCGGCAUUUUCUGGAUCGGUCAAGACAAACAUUGUGUUGGAUCGGGAGAUAAGGGAAACGUAUAAGCUGACAGUCAUAGCCACGGACGAAGGAGAUCCGCAAAUGACCGGCACUGCCACCCUAAGGAUCAAUGUAGUCGACGUAAAUGACAAUCAUCCGACAUUCCCACCACCGAAUCUUAUCUCUGUAUCAGAAGGAGCGGAUGUUGGUACUGUACUCACAUCUGUAACAGCAAACGACGUCGACACGUAUCCCGCCUUAAAAUAUGCGUUGAUACAACAGGACAACAUAUUUUCUAUAGAUAGAUACAGUGGAAAGGUUGUUCUUAACAAACCCCUGGAUUUCGAGUCGCAGAAAACGUACGAAAUUAACAUAACCGCCUCCGACAGCGAGCACGUUGCCAAAACAACUCUCACGAUCAAAGUAACAGAUGUGAAUGACAACGCUCCUGUGUUCGACGAUAUAUCUUACAACAGGAUACUGCCAGAAGGCAGCGGGACUCUGGAAAUUGGUUCUGUGAAAGCAAAUGAUAGAGACAGCGAUGAAAAUGGGAAGAUAUCAUAUUCUAUCCUUCGGCCAACGAGUGGCUUCUACAUUGACGCUGAUUCCGGAGCGAUUUACGUGAAUUACAGUGUAUUACCGUCCAACCAACGUGAUACUCAACUGGCAGUAGUAGCAACAGAUCAUGGAAAACCAAACAAAAGCGCUGUGGCAGCUGUUAGAAUCAGUACUGGAGCUUCUUCAGAAAUAAAACCGUUUAUAGGCCAAGACACAUACAGAAUCACAGUUAAUGAAGAUACAGAAAAAGGGUCGACACUUCUGCAAAUAGGCGGCAUAAACGAUGUUUUCAAGAAAUAUAAUUUGGAUUUCCAUAUUAUUUCAGGAAAUGAAGGAGACACUUUUGACAUUAAUUCUCAGGGAGCUUUGAUCCUUAUUAACAAUCUCGAUAGAGAAUCUCGAGAUUCCUAUAUUCUAGGACUAGCCGCCGUAGAAGAAGGGAAAAUACUAUCACAUAAUCAAAAUAAAACAUCCAUCACCGUAUUGGUAACAGUAGCAGAUUCAAAUGAUAAUGCUCCAGUUUUCACUACAAAUGAUCUUGAAUUUACAGUAAGCGAAAAUGUAAAAAUUGGUUAUACACUGACACAAAUAUCAGCAACUGACGCAGAUCUAUACGGAACGCCAAAUGCUGCAAUUUCUUAUAAAAUCACUUCAGGAGAUGAUGAAAAAUUAUUUUACAUUGACCAAGUCACUGGUAUUUUGUCGGUUAAUAAGACUCUUGAUUAUGACGUUGGAAACACUAUUUACAAGCUUAUUGUUGUAGCUUGUGAUAAUGGAGAACCAUCACUUUGUAACGCAGUAUACAUAAAUGUUAGUAUAUUGGACGAAAACGAUAAUAUGCCUACGUUUCCAGUAAAUGAAUAUUUUGAAUCCAUUGCUGAAAAUGAGAGAGUCGGGACAUCAGUAUUUACUGCGAGAGCUACCGAUCUCGAUCGAGGCCGAUAUGGAAAAUUAAAUUAUACCAUAGUUUCUACUGCUGUUAACUACAACAGAAAUGAUGAUUCUUGGAAGAUGUUUCAAAUAGAUUCUGCAACUGGUUUGGUGAACACUAAUGCUGUUUUUGAUUAUGAACAAAAGAAUAAAUAUGAAUUUUCUAUAAAAGCCUCCGAUGUAGGUGGUAAAAGUUCCACAGUAAAAGUACGAAUCGAUAUAGAGAGCCGAGAUGAGUUUUAUCCACAAUUCACACAGAAAACCUAUAACUUCGGAAUACCGAAAUCAGGACCUUUACCAGCUGGAUACGUUAUUGGUCAAGCAACUGCAACUGAUAGGGACAAGGGCAUCGAUGGCAGAAUAGUAUAUCAAUUGUCAACAUCACACUCUUAUUUCAAAAUAAAUCGUACUACUGGAGUAAUCAUAUUGAAAAGAAAAGUAGAAUCUGUGUCUAAUCUUUUUGGUUCUGAUAAAUCAAUCAGUCUGGUAGUAACAGCAAGUUCUGGAAGACAAGGCUCGUUAACAAAUAAAACUGCUGUGGAAAUUUUAUUAGAUCAUGAAGCUUUAUUAUCAGACACAACAAACCAAAUAAACGAUGCAUCUGUUGGAUCAAGUGGCGGUCUCUCAGACUGGGCAUUGGGACUUCUUAUAGCAUUUAUAUUUAUUAUCAUCAUCUUUGCUGCUGCAUUUCUCUUCCUUCAUAUGAAAAACAAGAGACACAAAAAAGUUAAUAAACCAGGGUUAAAUUCAGAAGGUGUGGGUGCAACCAAUAGUUAUGUUGAUCCAAGUGCUUUCGAUACAAUACCUAUUAGGAACACCGGCACCGUCAAUCCAGGUCAAUUUGCUCCACCCAAAUAUGAUGAGAUUCCACCUUACGGUCCCCAUACAGCUAGUUCAAAUUCAGGAGCAGCAACUACUUCGGAACUAUCUGGCUCAGAUCAAUCAGGAUCUAGCGGGAGAGGCUCUGCAGAAGAUGGCGAAGAUGGUGAAGAUGAGGAAAUUAGAAUGAUUAAUGAAGGCCCGUUACAAAGAGAAUCAGGUAUCCAUAGACAAUCAGAUGAUGAUAACCUAUCUGAUGUAUCGGUUCAUAAUACUCAAGAGUACUUAGCACGGCUAGGAAUAGUCGAUACAGGGACAGGUGGUGGUGCCUCCACCUCUUCUAGGAGAUGUUCUGAGAAUGUAGUUAACAAAGAUACGAUGCUUCAUCAUGGACCUAUAAAUUCAAUGCAUAUGUUUGACGAAGAUGGUGCUCACGAAAACGAUAUCACUAAUUUGAUUUAUGCUAAGCUAAACGAAGUGACAGGUAGUGAAAGAGCCAGCAGUGCGGAUGAAGCUAGUGCAGCAGUAGAAAGAGCAAUGGCUUUAGGUGCCUUCCCGAGUGCUUCCGGGGAUGGAACAGCAGUUCCCACCGCAGGACCUUCAAUGACAGGCAGUUUAAGUUCUAUAGUACAUUCAGAAGAAGAGCUCACAGGUAGUUACAAUUGGGACUACUUGUUAGACUGGGGGCCACAGUAUCAACCGUUGGCUCAUGUGUUUUCAGAAAUUGCCCGUUUAAAAGAUGAUGCCGUUUCGUUACAAAGUGGUAAUAGUGGUGCAUCCAGUGCGAAAAGCAAAGGGACUUCUAUAUCGGCUGGUAAAAGUGUUCCACCUCCUUUGUUAACAACUGUAGCCCCUAGAAGUUGUCCUGCCCCUUCACUAUCUUGUAGGCAGCCUCAACAUUUAUUACCUAGGUCACCAAUAAGUCAUGACGUGCCUGGAGGUUUUUCUGCAGCUGCUGCUAUGUCACCUUCCUUUUCACCAUCAUUAUCACCAUUGGCCACAAGGUCACCCUCUAUGUCACCGUUAGUGGGUCCUGGCUUACCUCCAGCACCAGGCAAUAGGAAACCUCCACAUUCAACUAUGCGAAUAUGAUCACUUUUGUAUUAUUCCUUAGGGUAUUGUAAAUAAUUUGUAAUGACUGUUUACCUUAAGUAUUUGUAGUAAUAUUUAUUGAUUACCGAUGUAAUCGGAUUAGUUUUCUGAUGUCAUUUUGCGCAUCCGCCAAAUUGGACUGCCUUGAUUAUGCUCAAAAUGAUGUAUUAAGCGCUUAUACCGAUUUUACGGUAAAUGUAUAUAAUAAUCUUCAUUCGGGUUGUAAUAAUAACUGUAAAUAUUAGACUGUAUAUUUUAGUGCCUUGUAUAAUAUUUAAAUGAAGACUGCCAUGUUAUAUUAUUAUUAUUAAACAAACGGAACAGCUUUACAUUAAGCUAUAAGUGUAUUUUUAGAUAUUGCAAUUUUUACAUAAGCUUUAUUGAAAUCAUGUAUUUUUUAAAUGCAGUCACAAACAUUGCAACUUUUGUGGUUAAAGUGAAACUAUUGUGCAUAUUUAAAAUUCUAGAAGACCAUCUACUUGGUAUCAAUGUACUGUGAUUUUCGACUAGGUAUGCAUGUUUUGUAUAAUAUUCGAAAUUGUAUGUAUAACUUUGAUUUUGCCUAUUUGUGAAGUGAUACUAUCACUAUGUGUCACAAAUUUCAACGGGUAGUUGAGUAUAAUGUAAAUAAUGUUCAUAAAUCUUUUUAAGUGUCGACUAUCCGUGGAGAAUGUAAAGGAAAAUAAAUAAAACCUUAAAAAUUAAGAACUGUUUCAUUUCUUAAAGUCCACAAAAGAACAUUAUACAAUGGAAAGAAAACAAACGAUACAAAUAUCACAGUUGGAUCUAAGUCUAUCAAUUAUGAAAUGAAUGAACAAUUUCACACACGCUUAAUUGUUGUUUUUGUAUGAAAACAUAUCAAUUUACAAAGAAAUGUACUCCAAAUUAAUGUCGAAAUAACAUAUGGGGAUUCAUUUAAGUAGCUUGUUUGGUUACAAAAUGAUUUUGAAAAUGAGGCCUUAAAUCCAAGAAUUGCCUUAACACUAAGUCUUAUGUAUAAAUAAGUAGGUACAUAAGUUGGAUUAUUUAUCAGUCUGUGUAUUUAGAAAAUUUAUAAUAUUUAAGCUAAGAGUUGCCAUAUGUCCUGGUGUUCCACAAGUCGAUACUUAAAUUAACUUUUCUAAUUUUAUAAAUUAAAUAAACCUGGCGGACAGGCAGCUCGUUUGCCUCCAUUAACAUAAAAAACCUGUUUUGCUCUGUCUCAAUUUGAAAAUUAUGUAUCUUUUACUUAAAAACAUUCAAUUUUAUCUUUUUUAAUUAUAAUAAUAGCAUUUUUUGUGUAAUCGUAGGUUUAUUAUAGUUUACACAGAUUACGUUAGUUUAUUUGGAAUUUAUGUUUUAAAAUCCAUUGUCAAUUUACACUUAUGAUACAGUAGCUGUAAUAAUAGACUGAUAAAUUGAUCAAUACCCUAGAACUACGCAAUCACACGCCCUAAUUAACACCAUUAAAGCACGCUUGUUUCAUUAUUGUGAAUGCCAAUUUUACUAUUUGGGUUAGUUAUUAUCAUAUUCAACUAAAAUUACUGACUAUUCAUGAUACAUGAUUCAUCCUAACGAUAUGAGAUAUUAGGUGUCUUAAUAUUAAAGUCUUUUUAUACCUUUAUUGACUCUGAUUAUAUCAAAAUCCUAAGAUACAUUUAAUAUAUAAACAGGUAAAUUAGAUAGAAAAUUGUAAUAUUAGGCAUUUUAACAUCAAUUAGCCCUAUCAUAUAAAAGUAAAAAGUUUUGAGCACUGAGCUCAUCUAAGAAAUUUUGUAAGAAUUUAAUAGAAAUAACAAUUGUUGUGAUUACAUUCUUAACAGUGACGAGUCUAAGACAGUAGAAUAAUUAAUUAACACACAUCUACGUUUAUUAGCAAUUAUCAUAGUCGUGAUGUUGAAGAUGAUUUUGAAAUUAUUGGCAAAUUUGGAUAGUAUAUAAAAAUAAACGAUCAUAUAAGAAGGCAUAAUUAUUAAUAACAUUGACCAACAUUUAUACCGAAUAAUAUAAGCCAAUGAAUGGAUACUUAAUAUAUAUAUUUAGAAUAAAAUCCUUUCGAUUGUUAUUCUUGACAAAGAUGACGAUAAUCGUCUUAUUUUUCAUCUAAAUGAUAAAGAUGAUUAAUUUUUAGACUUCCACUCUUUAAUAAUAUACAAGACAACGCAAACAAAUGAUAAUUUUGGCCCAGAUUCUGGUAUGAUUGUCUAAACCUAAAACUAAAAUUGAGAACAUAUAUAACAUAUCUCCUUUUGAUACUUAUAGAGCAUGACACAGAUACACUGUUGUCAAAUUAAAUCUUAGCUUUAGAGAAUCGUAUCAGAAUCAGGCUCUUAUUUAAUUAAACUAAAGUUCGAAAGAGAUUCAGAGGAUUGGAAAUAACAAAUAGCAAAAAAUAUAUAUAAAAUUCAGCUUUUACUAUAGAGAGGCUUAAUUAUAAAAUAUGGUCAAUAAUAAUGAAAUUGUAGACGAUUUUCUUUGGUAUUAGAUACAUUGACUCUUAUCAAAGUAAUAAUUUUCUAGUUAAACUUAAGGAUUAAUGUAAUUCAAGAAAUAAUUACAAAUACUGCCUACAUAUUCGGCUAACAUAAGAUAUCCAGUGAACUGCAAGUUGUACCAUCAAAUACAAGUGAAACAUUAAUAAUAGUACUUAUUACAGACAAAUAAAAUCAAAGACAAAUAAAUAGUUUAAGUUCAAAUAAAUAAAUAGUAGGGUUUAGUUAUAGUUUUUUAAGCAUUUAACUGCUAAAAGUUUAAAUACAAUUUAUUAUUUUUUCUAGUAAAAUUUUCUUUCAAUAGUUUUGGUUGAAAAUUAUUUAUCUUCAUUUGUUUCUCAAACUAGAACCACAUCUCGAACCUUAAAUAAGUUUGAAACUUUCGAGUGUCUGUAAAUUGAAACGCUACUUAUAAUCCAGUAAUUGUUUAUGUCCUACCUUGAACAUAAAAUGUCUUUUGUUAUAUUAUUUUUGACAAAAAAAAAUAUUCACGCAGAUCAUUUACUAAAUAACACUUAGUGGCUUAAUACAUGUUGUGAACUUAUUAUACUUAUAUUCUGAAUGAAGCUUAAUUAUAACAAACCUAAUACAAACCAUUAUAAUGUAUCGACUUCAAAUCCACUACUAAUGCUUCUACUACACAUGACAUUCGUAUUUGCUAUUUGUCAUUUUGGCAGCAGUAAGUCCUUUACAUGCUCUAUAAGGAAAGCUUCUGUCAAGUACAACAAAUACGCAUACCUAUGUGAGAUGCCGGCAAAACAAACUAUUGCAUAACUAUUGCUGAACUAGAUUUGGUUUGAGACAAUAACAUUGAUCGCUUCACAUUUUCCAAAGAAGAUAUCUAAAAAGUCAGGUUCAGGACUAAAUUUGCAAAAACGAGGAUCAAUUGAAAAAAAGAAGCCAUGUAGACCAAAGUAUCCUAAGAAACUAUUGCAUUACCUACUGAACUCGAUUUGAUUCUACGCAAUAACAUUAAUCGGCUUGCAUUUUCCGAGGAAAACCGCAAUAAGAUCUUUGUUUCAAAUCAAGGAUUUCAUGAAAAAAAUGGUGUAGAUUCAAAAUUAAGUUCUCUUUAUAGAGAUGCAGUGAUUUCCGUAAUUUAACGCUUUGCAUUUUACAAUAACAGCUGCAAUUUGAUAUUUGUAGAAUCACUACCAAAUUUACCCAAACUCGAUAACCAAUUCAAGAAAGAUAUGGUGUGGAUUUAGAGCUGUAUCCUCUUGAUGGAGUUGCAGUGGUGUUCAUAAUUUAACAAUUUGCAUUUUUCAAAGAAUACUGCAAUAAAACCCUGUUUUAAUCAACACCAAAUUUACCCAAACUCGAGGACGAAUUCAAGAAUAAUAUGGUGUAGAUUCAAAGCUAAAUCCUCUUGAUGUAGUUGCAGUGGUGUCCAAAAUAUAACAAUUUGCAUUUUUCAAAGAAUACUCUGCAUUAAAAUCGUUUUUGGAUCAAUAACAAAUUUACCCUCAACUUAAGGACCAAUUCAAUAAAGAUAUGGUAAAUUUCAGAGCUAAAUCCUUUUAAUGGAGUUGCAGUGGUGUCCGCUGUAGUGCAUGUCGAUGAUGACGUCAUCGGAAGCGAUAGACUUCCUGCUGGGCGUCACGAUGCCUAAAUCUACCUCUGUGUUUAGGGUCGGAGUGGUGCCGUUAUUGCCUGGCUC